CUCAAUGACUGCACAAGCUACAUCUGAACCCCAUAUUCUAGUAGAUCAAUCAAUUUCCCUUUUAGCGGGUGCUUGUGUUUUAGAGCAAACUUCUGAUGUCAUUUUAACUGGUUAGGGAAUGAGAUGAUACAUUUGUAGUUCUUGACAAUGAAAUUUUCUGGUUACAUCCAGACAUUGGCAGGUGUCUACCACUAUCCUGGUUGUGGGGACCGUUGAUUGUCUGGAAUAGAAAACAAAGGUGUUUAUCGUUGCCCGUCAGUCAUCCAUAUGACUGCACGAGCUACAUCUGAACCCCAUAUUCCAAUAGAUAAAUGGCUUGCUUUUUGGGGGGUGACAGUAACUUGGAUUUGUCUGUUGUCUUUCAUGUAGAUUGGAAAUGGGAGCAUUCUUUUGUUGCUAGACUAUAAUCAGUAAUCUUGUUGCAGCUAGACAUUUGCAGGUGCCUGCCACCUUCCUUAUGUCACUGGCCGUUGAAUGUCUAGAAUAGUAAAAAACACAGGUGAUAGCGGUUAAUGUCUAAUCUGAACAUCAUAAUGUCUUCCUUUAAAUUGAUGCCAUUUCAACUGUCCUUUGUCUCGUCAUUUGCGGCGAGUGAACAGAAGAUACUGAAAAUGAUCUUGAUGUUAGGGGGUUGUUUUCUAUUUAUUAUAUAUUUAUAUCUCCACAUAUUUACAGAAUGCAAGGUCUGGAGUGAUAAUGUCUAACCCAAAAAGCUUUCUCCAGUUCUCCACUUUGAAUUUUGACUUACUUUUAGAUAGCAUCAAAUGGGAUGACAAAGGGUUGGCUGUGGCAAUAGCUCAAAAUGUUGAUACAGGAGCUGUCUUAAUGCAAGGCUUUGCCAAUAAAGAUGCACUUCUGACAACCAUAUCUUCACGUAAGGCGACAUUCUAUAGCAGGUCGCGAUCAACUUUGUGGACAAAGGGAGAGACUUCCUUGAAUUUCAUUAAUGUCAGCGAAAUCUUCUUAGAUUGUGAUCGUGAUUCUAUAAUGUACCUUGGGAAGCCUGAUGGACCAACUUGCCACACUGGAUCUGAGACUUGCUAUUUUACGUCCAUUGAUGACAUGAUCAGCUCACAGGCAGAGGAAAAUAAGCUAGCAUUGACAACUUUAUAUGCCUUAGAAUCAACCAUUAAUCAACGCAAAGAGGACAGAGGAUCCGCAAAUGGAAAGCCAUCUUGGACGAAGCGCUUAUUGCUUGAUGACAACUUGCUGUGUUCAAAAAUCCGGGAGGAGGCUGAUGAACUAUGUCGCACGCUGGAGGAAAAUGAGGAGAAGACAAGGACUGCCUCAGAGAUGGCAGAUGUGCUCUACCAUGCCAUGGUUUUGCUGGCAAAGAGGGGAGUUAAAGUUGAGGAUGUCCUGCAAAUCUUGAGAGUGAGGUUUUCCCAAUCAGGCAUUGAGGAAAAGAAAAAUCGCAAAGCAUAGGCUUGGUGUAUCUUUGAAGAUGUCUGUGCUAUAAAAAUUUCAACCACGUAAUGGAUAAUACAAACUGUCAACGCAUGAUUUAUAACGAUUCCACCUAAGAAUUGUGUCUUGUGUACAUCCUCUAUAUAGUGAAUGUCCAUUCCAACUUUGAUGUCUCUGUCUUUUGAGAAACGCACCUUUGUGUUUCACUAAGAUUUUCUAUGCUGUUAUAUAGGUUAGACGAGCAACAAACCAUGCCUUUCUUUCUCAGAAGCCUGAUAACUGUAGCCAGAGAGUCAGAGAAAGAAUAUGAAAGCAGAAAUCCAGUGUUUUUUGUCAGCUUAAGCGCAUAGAACUCGGUUGUUUUUGGUAUCAACCAAAAGCUUCAAGCUCAAUGUUGAGACUGCGAUGAUUAACAUGGUAUGGUGAAACUUAAGAAAUAAUAGUGCAGUUGGUAACGAGGACAUGGUAGGGUACUGAAAGCCGCCGCUCUCUAUAUGAUUAACAUGCAGGACUGCGACGUGAUAAUUCCGAGAGCUGAAUUAGACGGCCGGAGGAUUUGGCUUGCUCCCAUUAAAGUGCAUUUUGUAUAUGUGAGUUUAAGGUUUAUACUGAACUUAGUGUGAUAGCGUUGAAUUGUAUACGAAUUCAUGCAUCUUGCAAUGCAUGUCAGCAUGUACUGCAUUAAUAGCGUCAAUGAGUUUAUAGUUUCUGAUUA